AUGGAGAAAAUAGAGCAGUAUCAGUGCCCGACGGUCAGCUGUGGCAACUAUGACAUCCAUUUCUCGCACGUCAAAGAAUAUGUCGUUUCAAAUCUCGCUGUAGAAAUGCCGCCGACGUGUCAGGCUCCACUAGUCUCGAUUCCAGGUGACGUCGCGGAUUAUGGUGUGAAAUUCGCAGAGACCUCGAUAAAUCCCACUGAUGGACGGUUUCGGAUGUACGAUUCGAUUGAAGAAUUAACAGCGAACAUCAGAAAAUUCAAGAACUUUCCGGAAGCCCAUCGAUACUUUGAAGAGCAAUCGUUCGCGUUUGAUCCAGUGACGAUCUAUACAAAUUUGGAAGGCGAGGAGUACAUCAAUAAGUCGGAUAUGUACGCGCUUCUUCAAAAUAUGACACUUCACAUCUCGCCGCGAGAGGAUAAAUUCCAGCCGAUGUCUCAUAUCUUUAUCGGGAGAUAUUUGAAAAAACUCCACCAGAAAUCGAAUGGAUUUUUGGAAUUUGUGAAAGUGGCUGAUAUCGAUUUUGAGCAAAUCGAGAAAGAGAUCCAAGAAGCGCAUAGCACUGCGACAAACAAAGAAAUUCAAGGAAUGGUGAACAUGGCUAAAAGUGCGUCGAAAAAGACGUUGAAUGCUGAGAUGAAAAGAUUGAAUGCGGAGGGAUGGAAUAAUCGGGAUUUCAAAGUGGAAUUCGAAGUUUGGAGAAUCACCGAUACCAACAUUGUUGCCGAUGUCUUUCGACAAACUUUCCUGGAUUUGAAGGCGAUGAUCGGCUUGAAGAAGAUCGUCGAGAAACGGACUCAUCUGUUCAAAUUCAUUCGCUAUCCGAUCGCCCGUACAAAAAACAAGCCAGUCUAUGUACAGGGACCGAAUCGAAGGGAUUUCUGUGUGUUGAUCGUUGAUGGAUUCUUCGAUGUCAUGGCUUCCACUAUCAUGGGUCCAUUCAUUUUUCACAAAGCGGAAAAUUGGAAUAAACUUGGUCCAUUCUUCACAGAAUUGGAUAAGGUUUUCAAGGCGGAAUGUCCACCUCAAUCGUUCAUCAAAGUCAGAUAUAUCAACGAUUUGAGAGCUGAAACUGAGGCGUUUCUGAAGACGAUUGAUCCAGGUAGACCGUCUUUCGAAGGAGUUCGGCCGAUGGAUUACGAUUUCACAAGAUUGGGAGAGACGUUGAGAAUCGAUAAGACGAUUCAUCCAAAUCUGCCUAAUCCCGAUCAGUUGGUACAGUUUUUGGUUGGAAGGAAGACAGAUCCUAUGACGCCCAAUGAACUUUACGAUGGAUUUGAGCAGUGCUUUAUCACUCGGAUUCUUGUUCAGGAGAAGAAUCUCCGAAACUUUGUCCACGUUCAGCAAGGAUGUCGCCGCUAUCUGAUGUCAAAACGAGUAUGUGAGGAUUGUGAGGCGAUGAUUGCCUCCUUGGUAACGGAUAUCACAAAUCGAGAGGAGGAAGUUUUCGAAUCGGGAAUCCGCGAACAAGUCUCGGAAAUUCUGGAAAGAUCCGUGGACCAGGAUAGAUCGAUGGCUCUGUGGACAGCGGCGCUAGAGUGGAGAGUCGUAGCAAUGGGUGGAAAAGUGACGAUUAAGGAAGAAGGAAGUCAAGAGGAAGACGAUGACAAAACUAAUUUUGAGAAGGAAGUGGAACGACAAGGCGUAUUGUUGACACAAAUCGCUUGCUUGGAUUAUGAAGAGGAUUCGAAUCCUGAGGAAUCCUAA